CUGUUUCUGAGUCACUUGGGGACACAGAAGGACAAGUUCGGCCACAGGGGAAGAGUUACUUGGAACCUGUGUGUGUUGUGUGUUCUUGUCUUUGUGUAUAGUCAGCCAAGCCCCCAGGAAGGACAAGUGAACCCUGUCUGGGCUAGCAGAUAGGCAGAGCCCUGGGGCUUUUGUAGAGGCUCCAGAUUCUGAGCUCCAGAGGUUGUAGGGGGCUGCAGCAUUCCUGAGGGCGCUGUCCCUCCCCUCCUGCCCAAGAUGAGACAUUCUGGGUGUUUGAGUCCUGCUGUCUUCCCCUUUCCUCUGGGCUCUCUGCCCGGGCUGCCUGGCUCCGCCCAAGAGCAGUCCCAGCUGGGAGGGCAGUGGUUGUUGCCAGCUACCCCCACCCCGGUGGUCAGCACAGCUCUGCCUGUGCAUCUCCAGGUGAGGCCACUCCUGGGGUAGGGCAUGGGCAGAUUAGGUGGAUAUAGGUGUGUAGAGGUACCCAGACGGAAGAAGCCAGGGAGACUGGGGAGUUCUGGGCUGCUUCCAAAAGUGCAGAUGGUCCUCAAGAAGGGUGAGCCAGAACUGCUUGGACCUCAAGUGGAGGCUGGGGAGGAGAAGGCCAGGACCUGCCUGGGCCCCCAGCAGGCCUGUCUAGCUCCCCACUGCUCCACCCCCAGGGACAAUCAUGGAUUCAGACCCUGGGGGGAACAAUGGAGCCCUUGAGGGCCCCUCCUCCAUCCCCCAUUGUGCUUGGUGGCGAGAGGUGGCCCUAGCCCGGCAGUAGAACCAGCGUCCAGCCGGCAGGUGGAGGGGCUCAGCCAGAAGCUUGCAUUUCCAGCCUGGAGAAGGUCCCACCUGCUCGCUCCCAUGACCAACAUGAGCUGGAGCUUCCUGACGCGGCUGCUGGAGGAGAUUCACAAUCAUUCCACCUUCGUGGGAAAAGUUUGGCUCACUGUGCUAGUGGUCUUCCGUAUUGUGCUUACAGCUGUGGGUGGCGAGUCCAUCUAUUCAGAUGAGCAAUCCAAGUUCACUUGCAACACGCGGCAGCCAGGCUGUGACAACGUCUGCUACGAUGCCUUCGCGCCCCUGUCACAUGUGCGCUUCUGGGUCUUCCAGAUUGUGGUCAUCUCCACACCUUCUGUCAUGUACCUGGGCUAUGCAGUUCACCGCCUGGCGCGCGCCUCCGAACAGGAGCGCAGACGUGCCCUCCGCCGUCGCCCUGGCCCUAGGCGCAUGGCCCGGACGCAGCUGCCACCGCCGCCUCCUGGCUGGCCAGACACCACCGAUCUGGGAGAGGCAGAGCCCAUCCUGGCGCUGGAGGAUGAGGAGGACGAGGAGCCGGGGGCGCCCGAGGGCCCGGGGGAAGACACGGAGGAGGAGCGCGUGGAGGAUGUGGCUACCAAGGGGGGCGGAGGCGAUGGCAAGACGGUGGUCACUCCUGGCCCAGCCGGGCAGCAUGACGGGCGGCGGCGCAUCCAAAGGGAAGGCCUGAUGCGCGUGUACGUGGCCCAACUGGUGGUUAGGGCGGCCUUCGAAGUGGCCUUUCUGGUGGGUCAGUACCUGCUGUAUGGCUUCGAGGUGCCGCCCUUCUUUGCCUGCAGCCGCCAGCCUUGCCCACACGUGGUGGACUGCUUCGUGUCGCGACCAACUGAGAAAACGGUCUUCCUGCUGGUCAUGUAUGUGGUUAGCUGCCUAUGCCUGUUGCUCAACCUCUGUGAGAUGGCGCACCUGGGUCUCGGCAGUGCGCAGGAUGCUGUGCGCGGCCGUCGGGGAGCCUCCUCGCCGGGUCCUGGACCCUCGUCGCGCCCGCCGCCUUGUGCUUUCCCGGCCGCGGCCGCCGGCCUGGCUUGCCCUCCCGACUACAGCCUGGUGGUGCGUGCGGCUGAGCGCGCUCGAGCGCACGAUCAGAAUUUGGCUAACCUAGCCCUGCAGGCACUGCGCGAUGGGGCGGCGGUGGCAGCGGUGACCGCGGACCGGGACAGUCCGCCAUGCCCAGGGCUCAAUGCAGUCUCACGGGGGGCACCCAGGGCGGGCGGCCCAGCUUCCGGAACCGGCAGUGCCACAUCGGGUGGUACCGUUGGAGAGCAGGGCCGACCGGGAGCUCAGGAACAGCUGGUUACUAAGCCCAGGGCUGGCUCUGAGAAGGGCAGUACAGGCAGCAGGGACGGCAAAGCCACAGUGUGGAUCUGAGGGCACUGGGGAGAGCUCAGCGAGGGCCUGACAUGAGGAUUCAAAGGAAAUCUUUCUGCCCUCAACCGGUGGCCCCUGGUAGACCAGGUUGGGGACGUUUAGAAGAAGAGGGAGCUGAAGACCCUUGAGAAGUGCCGGCUCAGAAACCUCCCUGCACGGUGGGAAAGGGAGUGGCCAAAGGGAAUGGGCA